AUGCAUCUUCCUUUUCUCUACAUCCCCUCCCGAGUAGAAGCGGCUACUAAGGCUCUCAAUAAAAGGGAUUACUUCCUCUGUGCUGAGACUCCUGGUGCAGCUAGAGCUUGGGUGUCAACCUUACAUGCAACCCAAUUGGUUCUAAAAGCUCACAAGGAGGCUGUGGAUUCCUUAAGCGGCAAUGGUUCCACUAAACUAGGAACUGUCGCAGCAGUUGUUGCCGCAGCCAAUUCAACGGCCGUUGAAUGUUCUAAAGAAAUUGAAGCAGCAAUGCAAAUAUCUUUACGGAACACUCUGGGAAUGAUGACAAAUAAGACAACUGAUGGUCCAAUGGAUGAUUUAACAAUCAUGAAGGAAACUCUAUUGGUCAAGGAUGAGGAGCUACAGAAUUUUGCUCGAGAUCUUCGUACCCGGGAUUCAACUAUAAGAGAUAUAGCUGAGAAACUAUCUGAGACUGCUGAAGCUGCCGAGGCAGCUGCAUCAGCGGCACAUACUAUAGAUGAGCAAUGGAGAAAUGCCUGUGAAGAAAUUGAGAGUCUGAAGAAAGACUCAGAGAAGCAGCUAGAGCUUUCUGCUCAGAAGCUAAAAGAGUAUGAAGUAAAGAUCAUAAGCUUGAGCAAAGAAAAAGAGCAGUUAAGUAAACAGAGAGAAGCUGCUACUCAGGAGGCAAACAUGUGGCGCUCUGAGCUGGGAAAAGCUAGAGAGAGUGGUGUGAUCUUAGAAGGCGCUCUUGCAAGGGCAGAAGAAAAGGUUAGGGUCGCAGAGGCAAAUGCUGAAGCUAAGAUAAAGGAGGCGGUUCAGGGAGAAUCGGCAGCAGUAAGCGAGAAGCAGGAGCUUCUUGCAUAUGUGGACAAACUCAAAGCACAACUUCAAAGACAACACAUUGAUUCAACUGAAGUUUUUGAGAAGACGGAGUCUUGCUCAGAUACAAAACAUGUGGACCUGACUGAAGAGAAUGUGGAUAAAGCAUGCUUAAGUGUUUCUAGAUCUGUUCCUGACCCGGCGGCGGCCGAGUGUGUGGUCCAGAUGCCAACAGACCAGGUGAUCAUUCAGCCUGUUGGAGACAAUGAGUGGAGUGAUAUUCAGGCAACAGAGGCAAGAGUAGCUGAUGUUCGGGAAGUUGCAUCUGAAUCUGAAGUAAGCAGCUUGGACAUUCCUGUGAUUAGCCAACAAGGUACCAAUCACCAGUGAACAAGGAGCAAACACUUUUAAUAAACCCUGAUAUAAUCCACAUUCUUCCAACAUGCAGAAUUUUUAUGUUAUAGGGAAUUUAACUACAUCAUUAUGUUGGGUGGCCAUGUAAACCUCUCCACUUCAGCUUUUAGGCUAGUGAAUGAGGUUUUAUCGUACAUACCCUUCCCUGAAAACCUGUAAAAUUUAUUUAUGUGGUAUACAAAGUUUAUUUAUACAUGUAAAAUUUGACCAAUAAACAGAUUGAUCCUCAACCAAGUGUUUGGUUAGAGAGAAACUGAGGGGAGGAAAGGGAAAAUGAGAGGGUAAAAUUUCUCUCUUCGUGUGGGGAAUGAAUAUUCUUGUGUUAAAUUUUACUUGAUUUUUUCA